AGCCUAAAAUAGCUAGCGAAAUUUUGUCUUCUUGUCCCCAGCCAAAUCAUUUCCCGUCACCCCAAUAUCAACUUUCGAUCUGGUCCUUCGUAAAUAGACAUCUUCAUCUGCCAGUGGGGCGAAGGGGAUUCAUCAAUGACCUGAAUUGUCACUGUUUUUUUUUUUUUCUUAUCGCGGAAUUGUCACUGUGGAGAACGGAAUAUUAUUCUCACUUUCUCUCUAGUCUAUGUUAACUACUCUUCCAUGGCGAAGAAUUUCGUAAGAGAGAAUGUUCCUCUCUCUAGAUUUGGAGUUUUAGUCGCACAGUUAGAAUCAAUUGUAGCUUCUGCUGCUCAACAACCUCCUGAAUCUGUUCUUUGUUUUGAUCUUCUCUCAGAUCUCAUCUCUGCUAUCGACGAAGAACCCAAGGAUUCAAUUCUUCUAUGGCAGAGAAAAUGCGAAGAUGCUCUUUAUUCUCUGCUUAUACUUGGUGCUCAUCGUCCUGUACGACAUUUAGCGUCUUUAGCAAUGGCAAGAAUUAUAUCCAAAGGAGAUGGGAUUUCUAUAUAUUCUAGAGCAAGUAGUCUUCAGGGUUUACUCUCAGAUGGAAAAAGAAGUGAACCUCUUCGUGCCGCUGGAGCAGCUCAAUGCUUGGGAGAAUUAUAUAGGAAUUUUGGGAGAAGGAUUACUUCUGGUUUACUUGAAACUACUAAUAUUGCGGCAAAGUUGAUAAGGUUCAACGAGGAUUUUGUGAGACAAGAAGCUCUGGAAAUGCUCCAAAACGCAUUAGAAGGUUCAGGUGGCACUGGUGCCUUUGCAGCCUAUGCUGAAGCAUUUCGGCUCAUAAUGCGGAUUGGUGUGUGGGAUAAAUCAUUCAUUGUCAGAAUAGCUGCUGCAAGAUGUCUGAAGACCUUUGCAAGUAUUGGAGGACCUGGGUUAGGAGUUACGGAGCUUGAUAACUCUGCCACUUACUGUGUCAAGGUUCUUGAGGAUCCAAUGUCAUCUGUCAGAGAUGCUUUUUCUGAAGCUCUAGGUGCAUUACUUGCUCUAGGAAUGAAUCCUGAGGCUCAGGUACAACCAAGACGAAAAACUCCUGCUACUCCAACACGAAAGCUUGAUGGUUGUUUGCAAAAGCAUUUGACUGGUCCAUUUGUGAGAGCAAAUGGAGUACACGCGAAGGACGUCAGAAUCGGGCUAACAUUGUCAUGGGUAUUCUUUCUACAGGCAAUCCGUUUGAAGUAUUUUCACCCAGAUAGCGAUCUUUCAGAAUUUGCUUUGCAGGCUCUGGACAUGCUUCGUGGGGACUCUUCUGUAGACGCUCAUGCACUGGCAUGUGUUCUGUACAUUCUUCGCGUGGGGGUAGUUGAUCAAAUGACUGAAAGCACUCAAAGGAGCUUUUUGGUUCUUUUGGGGAGACAGCUGGAAUUUCAUGAUAUCAGCCCUUCUAUGGAAGUUGCUGUAUUACGUACCUGUUCGUAUAUUCUGAAGACUUUAGGAGAGGUCCCUUUAGAAUUCAAGGAAGUCCUUGACAACACAGUUGUGGCGGCGCUGUCGCAUUCCGCAGUACUUGUGCGGAUAGAAGCUGCUUUGACUUUACGCGCAUUAGCAGAGGUCGACCCUACUUGUGUUGGCGGUUUGAUUUCUUUCGCGGUGACAACAAUUAAUGCCUUAAGGGAAAGUGUUUCAUUUGAAAAGGGCAGCAAAUUACAGCUUGAGCUUGACGCAUUGCAUGGCCAAGCUACAAUAUUAGCAGCUUUAGUGUCCAUCUCUCCAAAGCUACCUCUUGGUUAUCCAGCAAAAUUGCCGAAAUUAGUGCUGGAUGUUUCGAGGAAACUACUGACUGAAUAUAGUCGGAAUCCUGUUGCUGCUACUGCUAAAAAUGAAGCCGGGUGGUUGCUCUUAGCAUCACUUAUAGCCUCCAUGCCAAAGGAGGAGCUUGAAGAUCAAGUUUUUGAUAUCUUGUCUCUGUGGGCUUCUCCAUUUGGUGGAAUUCAAGAAUAUGCAGCUAAGCAAAAUGAAGACCUUACAUCUGAGAUACGUGUAUGGUCUGCUGCAAUUGAGGCUCUUACUGCAUUUAUAAGAUCCUUUAUUUCCCAACCUCUCGUUGCUUCUGAUAACGGCGUUCUACUCCAGCCAGUGCUAAUAUACCUUGGCAGGGCUUUGUCCUACAUAUCGUUGCUAACCUCGAAACAACCACCGAACGUGAAACCAGCUCUGGACCUGUUUGUCAUUAGGACAUUAAUAGCAUAUCAAUCUCUACCUGAUCCAAUGGCCUACAAAAAUGAUCACGCUUCGAUCAUCCAAAUCUGCACUAUUCCUUUUAGGGAACCUUCUGGAUGUGAAGAAAGUUCAUGUUUGCGAUCACUAUUAGACAAGAGAGAUGCGUGGUUGGGUCCUUGGAUCCCUGGAAGGGAUUGGUUUGAAGAUGAACUUAGAGCUUUUCAAGGAGGGAAAGAUGGGAUGAUGCCUUGUGUCUGGGAGAAUGAACUUUAUACUUUUCCUCAGCCGGAGACAACAGGUAAGAUGCUGGUGAACCAGAUGCUUUUGGGCUAUGGAAUGCUUUUUGCCACUCAGGAUCGCAGUGGAAAGCUCUCACUUCUUGGCAUGAUUGAGCAGUGCCUGAAAGUGGGAAAGAAGCAAGCAUGGCAUGCAGCCAGUGUCACCAAUGCAUGUGUUGGCUUACUCGCUGGGCUCAAGGCUUUUGUUGCUUUACGUCCCCAGCCAUUGGGUGCUGACAUAUUAGGUUCCGCACAAGCUAUCUUUCAGGGUAUUCUAGGAGAGGGGGACAUCUGCCCAGCUCAACGUAGAGCAUCAUCAGAAGGUCUUGGUUUAUUAGCUCGUCUUGGAAAUGACAUCUUCACAGCAAGAAUGACGCGAUCACUGCUCGGAGAUCUAAUUGGGGCAACAGAUUUAAGUUAUACUGCAUCAAUUGCCGUGUCACUUGGUUGCAUCCAUAGGAGUGCAGGAGGAAUGGCAUUAUCUACUUUGGUGCCUACGACAGUGAGUGGUAUCUCCUCACUUGCAAAAAGUCCGACCUGUGGUUUACAGAUCUGGGCUUUGCAUGGACUUCUCUUGACCAUAGAGGCUGCUGGCUUGACUUAUGUGUCCCAAGUGCAGGCGACUCUCUUGCUUGCUAUGGAAAUUCUCAUGUCUGAUGAAACUGGAUGGGUUGAGCUCCGACAAGGGAUAGGACGCCUUAUCAAUGCUAUUGUUGCCGCCCUUGGUCCUGAACUUGCCCCUGGAAGCAUCUUCUUUUCACGCUGCAAGUCUGUCGUGGCAGAGAUAAGCUCUGGGCAAGAAACAUCAAUACUUCUCGAGAGUGUACGAUUUACACAGCAACUAGUACUUUUUGCCCCGCAAGCUGUUUCAAUGCACUCUCACGUUCAAACUCUUCUUCCAACUCUGGCAUCACGACAGCCAGCACUUAGGCAUUUGGCUGUUUCAACUCUACGUCAUCUUAUAGAAAAGGAUCCGGUUGCCAUUAUUGACGAGAAAAUUGAAGAGAACUUGUUCCAUAUGUUCGACGAGGAAACUGAUUCUGAGAUUGGCAAUUUGGUGCGCGCCACAAUUACACGUUUGCUUUAUACGUCUUGCGCAUCAUGUCCAUCACGCUGGAUAUCAAUAUGUCGUACCAUGGUUCUUGCUAUGCCAGCAAUGAGAAACACCAGAUCAGAUUCUGAUCCUGUAAACUGUGCGGAUGGUGAAUCUAGUUUGUAUAAUGGAGAUAAUGAAAACAUGGUUACAAGACAUGGAGGACAGAAGCUUGGUUCUGCGAGUGGACUUUCGAGAAUUGAUUCUAAAAGAGAUAAUCAUCUCAGAUAUCGGACAAGGCUUUUUGCCGCAGAGUGCUUAAGCGAUGUACCCGCAGCUGUUGGGAUGAACCCUGCCCAUUUUGACCUCUCUCUGGCAAGGAAAGCUUCUUCAAGUGGACAAGCUCAUGGUGAUUGGCUUGUACUGCACAUACAAGAGCUAAUUGCACUUGCUUAUCAGAUUAGCACAAUGCAAUUUGAGAGCAUGCAGCCGAUAGGUGUGAGACUCCUAAGUACCAUAGUUGAAAAGUUUGAAAAGAUACCAGACCCUGAUCUCCCAGGACAUUUUCUCAUGGAACAGUAUCAGGCACAACUUAUUUCUGCAAUUCGAACUGGUCUUGACACAUCCUCAGGGCCUCUACUACUGGAAGCUGGCUUGCACCUUGCAACCAAGAUUCUAACAAGCAGCAUUACAAGUGGGGAUCAAGUUGCAGUGAAGCGUAUAUUUUCAUUAAUCUUACGCCCACUGAAUGAUUUCAAGGACCUAUACUAUCCUUCAUUUGCUGAAUGGGUAGCAUGCAAGAUUGAAGUUAGACUUUUAGCUGCCCAUGCCACCGUCAAGUGUUACACGUAUGCACUGUUGAGAAGACAACACAGUAAAGUUCGCGAUGAAUAUCUUGCAUUGAUGCCACAGUUUUCAAAAGCCUCGGGUCGUUUGGGGAAGCACUGGAUGUCAAUUCUGAAGGACUACAGUUACAUUUGCUUCUGCUUACAGUCUAACGUCAACUAUAAACCAUUCCUGGAUGGCAUCCAGUCACCACUGGUUUCUUCAAAGUUACAGUCAUGUCUAGAAGAAGCCUGGCCUGUGAUUCUGCAAGCAAUUACACUUGAUGCAGUUCCUGUUAAGCAGAAAGUCGGAGAAUCCUCUGAAGAAACUGAUGAAAAUUUUGUUAGAAAUGAUCUUAUAUCUGGAUAUAGAAUGGUCGAACUCGAGUCCAAAGAAUUUCGUUUUCUUUGGGGAUUUGCAUUGCUUGUGCUGUUCCAUGGACAGCAUCCAGUCAAGCGCCUUCAACUUCUCCAUGAAAAUACAAAGUCUAGUGAAGAUUCAAAGCUUGAAGAAUCAAACUAUCAGGGUUUGAAGUUUUUUGAUAUUGCUCUUCUGGUCUUUCAUUCUCUUUCGACGGAGAGGUUUUUUAGUGCUGGAUUUCUUAGUGUGGACAUUUCGAGAGAACUACUGCAGAUAUUCACUUAUGCCUUCCAGACAGAAAAUUCACAGAUGAGUCUUGUGGUUCCUGUGCUAUUACAGAUUGUGAAAGUAAGCACAGAUGACUUCUUUGAAGCUGAAGACUUCGCAUCCAUAGCAAUGGAACUUUGUGUGGUGCAUAUCUAUAAAUUAUUUCAUAGUUCUAAUACAAGCUCACAAGAUGAUCUCAGUUGUGAAGAUUUGGUUUCUGCAUCAGUUGAGACUGCUGAGAUACUGAUACACCGUUUCAAGUCACAGAUGAAGUUGAACACAGUGAUCGCCUGUUUGAUGACAAGCUACAAUUGUCUUAGAGGUGCUUCAACUGAUUCAGGCUUAUUGAAGGUUGUUUCUUUGGUUCAGAGUAUGGGAAGUCUUUUGAGGAAACAUAUUAAGUAUGCUAAACUGGAUGCUGAUGGUUUUGCACAAUUGAAGACAGUCUUCGAAGCUUGGCUUUUUGUGAUUAUUAACUUGAGCCAGGACUGCACCAAGGGCAUACACAUGCAGGAGAAUAAGAAAACAAACCUAUGCAAAUUAUUGCAAAUGAAGCUUGCCUUUUGCCUUGAGCAAGCUUUUUCAAUUGCUAAGUUGGCUCAUGAAACUCAACUUCUUGUAGAGAAUGAAGACAUAAACAAGCUCUUGUUCUCUGUCUACAAAUGUUGCUGCAAAUGCCUCCAAAGAACUCUCACGGACUCCAAUAUGCAGGUUCAAAUUAGUGCAUUACAAGUGCUGAAAAGCAUGGCACAAAAAGAUCUAGGUGAUGGCUCUAAUGUGGAUAAUAGCCCUUUCUUUAUGUUCUUUGUUGGGGAACUCUUUGAAGAAGUUUUCAAUGUUGUAGAAAAUGCGUUGAAGAAACCAAUGAGAAAGGAAUCAGCGACAGUAGUUGGUGAAUGCUUGAGAUUGUUAGUCCUCCUACAUGCAUCGUCUAAAGAGGGGAAAUGUCAGAAAGGCCUUUUAAAUCUAUUUCUGGAGGCUGUGAUCAUGGUUGUCUCUGCAUCAUCUGAUGAUAGUUCACAGGAAGUUCUUGAGAUUAGGAGCACAGCGGUGAGGCUUGUUUCUCAUAUUGCUCAAAUGCGUUCCUCUGCCAUUCACUUCAAGGAUGUUUUGCUUGCUAUGCCAGUCACUCAGAGGCAGCAACUUCAGGAUAUCAUACGUGCAUCUGUUGCUGUGGAUCAGAAGCCAGUGCAGACAAAAGCAGUUGCCUCACCUCUCAUAAUCAAGCUCCCACAGCAAACAGAACACACUAAAAGAGAUGAUCCCCAAGUCUCUGAAUUCACAUCUUCAUCUAAGCACUCUGAGAAAGAUGAAAUGGAGGAAGAGGACGACUGGGACUCUUUCCAGUCUUUUUCUGCCGCUACUGAUACGGCAGCAGAAGCUGAUGCAAAUUCUCAAGGGAAUCGGCAGAAUCCAGAGGAACAAAAGGCGGUUGACCAUCCUUCUCUUGCAGAUGAAAAUGAUUUUGACGAUAAUGAUGAUUUUCAAGAGUUCUCUAGUUCAUUACCCCCUGAGAAUGAUAAAGAAAGUUAUGAUUCUAAGUUUCCGGAGGGUGGUAAAGAGAAUAUAGGAGAGGAGCAUGAUUUUUCUGCUGCCCAAGUUUCAGAAAGUAUCUCUAAGUUGUCGGAUGACCACUUAAUUGAAUCUGAUGGUUCUGAUCAUAAAGCUUUUGAAGCCAACACAACAAGGUCGACACUCGGCAAUUUCUCAGAAGACGAUGAAAAGGAAACCAAAGAAACUCAUAAGUCUGGCGAUCAUCUUGAAGGAUCGGAUAUUUCUGAUGAUACAGUUUUGGAAGCUAACAUAAGGUGUUCAACAGAUGACAGUUCUUCUGAUAACAGCGACAAAAAACCCAACAAAACCCUAAAAUCAGAUCAGCAUCUUGGUGGAACUGAUGAUUCAGUUCAUAAAGUUUCAGAAGCCAAAACAAGAACUUCAACCAACGACAGUUCUUCAGAAGACGGUGAAAAGAAAUCUGACGUGACUCAAAAUUCAUCUUGUGUUGAAUUGCAUCCCGAGGAAGUUGGUGAUGAUGAGAGGGAGAUCUUGAGUAGACAAGAAGUGGUUGUUGUGGAUGAUCUUCAAGAGUUCUCUGAAGCCCAAACACUGGAUGCUGAAUCAGACAAGGGAACAACUAAACAAGAUUUAAUAGAAAGUAUAAGUAGUAGUAGCUGUAGUGAAGAAAAUGCAGGAGAGUUAACUUAACCGGUUGCCAGAGACCAUCCUCAGUUCUGAAGCUGUCAUUAUAUGCAGCGUCAGUGGUGGUAUCGAGGAUCAGAUAUAAUUUUGCUGUUAUUCAUUCUAUAUAUUUCUGGUUGAUAAUCUUAUAUCAGGUAUCACCAAUUCACUACAUGCAUGUCCAUACCUUUUUGAGCAAAAUUGGCGUUUUCAAUCCAGUGUACUUGGCUAUGUUUGUAGAUCCCGUUUGUCGGUUUAUGACUUGCA